AUAUCCAUUGACCACAUUCAUCAGAAGAAGUAGCAAUUUAUCUCUGCGUGAUUACGGACAGAUGUCUUUAUGUUGUUCCGUCGUGAAUAACGGCGAUAUGUUAUUGUAUUGUGUGCAGGUGUUUAUCUCACUUAUAAGUGAUGAUUGAUAUACCACCUUUCAUUUGACUACAUGUUAAAAUAUUAGAAUAACAUAACAAUAUGUUAGAAGUUCUAUGGAAAACAUUUAGAUGUAAUUUCACAAUGAAAGCUCCAUGGCCUAAAAUAUUCAUGAUAAGUGACUGUUUUGGCUAAGAUAACUCGCUGGAAUUAAAAAUGAAUUUUUAUAAAUCUUCUGAAAAGAUGAGGUUGACAAGCUUCAUUUUCCUUUCUGUCUUCAUGUUUCAUCUAUGUAGUGCUGCUCCUAUUGAUAAUGGUUUUGACUCAUCUCAGGUUACAGUUAAUUAUUUGCCUUGGUAUAUGGUUGUGAUCUCCACUGCAGCUCUUUUGUUAUUCAUUUAUUUUGUCAUUGGUUGUGUUUGUUGUCCAAACAAGAGUAUAAAGGCACUUAGUUAUCAAAAUGGGUUUCCAGUAAGCCGUCUAAAUGACAGCAGUUCUUUACAGUUUGAAAAUCCCACCGAAUUUGCAAUAUUUCCUCCACAUUCAGCAGUUAUUGAUCUGCAGCCUAUUAGUUCAGCAUUUCCAGUAUUUGAGGAAAAAGUUACUUUUGAGCCAUUACCGGAUAUUCUUCCUAGAAAUGUUACUUCUGGUCAAAGUCCAGCUUGCUCAUCUCGACCUGCUCACUUUAGCGCCCUUUUAAAAAACAAAGUUUCACUUCAUGAUUGGUUUGACGAUCCAAACAGUAACUUUCCACGUCAACAACUUCAAUAUCUGAAAGAAUUAGGUUGUGGAUGGUUUGGUCGUGUGGUAGAAGGAGAGGCCUCACAGAUAUGCAAUAAUGAAGAAAAAACAUCAGUUGUUGUCAAAAUUCUUAGAGAGGAAGCAUCUCCUUCUGAACAUCUGCAUUUUUUGCAUGAAGUGAGACCAUAUCGGGAUUUGAUGCAUCCUAAUGUUGUUCGUCUUCUUGGUCGAUGUCUAGAGUCUGAUCCUUUUCUUCUUGUCUUGGAGCACACUGUAAAUGAUUUAAAAGCAUAUCUAAAGGAACAAGAGCAUAAAGAUUCACUUUUAAAUAAUGGACUUUUGCUGCAGAUGUCUUGCAAUAUAGCCUCUGGUUUGCGAUAUUUGCAUGAGAAUGGUUUUACUCAUGUGGAUCUUGCUGCCCACAACUGUUUUGUAUGCCCAGAUCUUAGUGUAAAGAUUGGAGAUUAUGGUAUCUCAUUCAGUCGCCACCGAGAAGAUUAUUACUGUCUUGGUGACAUUGCCUUACCUAUCAGAUGGUAUGCCCCAGAAAUAUUGCUUUGUACAGAUUCUACCAUUGAAACUAAAGAAAUCACAAAAGAGGCAAAUGCAUGGGCGUUUGGUGUUGUUCUGUGGGAAAUAUUUGAGUUUGCAAAGCUUCCAUAUGAAGAACUAAGCAAUGAAGACGUGCUACAAAAAGUACUUGUUGAACGAUCUGUCCAACUUUCUUGCCCAGCCUUUGAUUUCCCUUUAAGUAAAGAACUUUCCCUGGUAAUGAAAGAAUGUUGGAAACCUGUAAAUUUGCGUCCAUCAAUGGAUAAAAUUGAGAAAUUCUUAACUCACUUAUAUAACGAUCGUCACAAUCUGAAAAUGAUGGAUUCAUCGUUUGAGGAACGUUGGAAUUCUUUGCAACCAAAAUAUAUUGAGAGGAAUUUUCCAGUUGUUGAGCCAAUCACACUUAAAUUUGAGAAUGAUUUUUCAGAAAAAUUUGAUAUUCAAAACUAUUCUUCUGAUGGUGAGACAUUUUCUUCUCUAGAAAUGUCUUACGAUAUGCUUUCAAAAAAUAAUUUAAAUAAUUGCCUGUCUCCAAGCCUGAGGGUUUUAAAUGGUAGCAUUGAUGAACUGACUGAAAAUGAUAUAUCUUCAAAUAAUAUUUCUUUUGGACAUGAAAAACUUGCAACUGAUACAGCUUCUCUAACGUCAGAUAAAGAUAAUUUGGAACAAGAAAACAACAAUUUAGAACUUGAUGACAUAAUUACACCUGAAGAUAUAUCUGCAGCCAUAAGAGACUUGGAUUUGGUUCUUGCUAACCAAGGCUCUGAUGCAUCUAGGCAAUCAACAUUACAGAAAUUGCAGAAAAUUAACCAUGACAAGAAUAACGUAUCUGUAUUAGCAGAAAAACAUAGUCAUUGCUCAUUUGUUUCAGAAGUAGCUACAGAAAGUAGCUCUGAUGAUUAUCAAUUAAAUGGAAACGAUGUUAAUUAUGAAUGUCAGGAAAGAGAAUCUACAGACUUUAUGGUGUAUAAUUCAAGAAAUAAUAAAUUCAAUCUUGAAAUUAACAACAUCAAACAAAGUUCUAAUAAUUCCACAGUGCCAUUAGUUACAGAUGUCAAUUCAAAUAAAGUUGAUCGUACAUAUGAAACUUCAAAGGAGUCUGAAGUGUUAAAAGAAAAUUGGAUUUGUAACAGUGAACAUGUGUCAAAACUCAGUGGUAUUGUCAAGACUGGACCUGACUUUCAGCAUGCAGAUAAAAAUAAGUUAAAUGAAUUUGAGCAUAAAAUAAUAUUGGAAACUUUUGAGGACGACACAAAUGAUAUAAAGCAGAUAAACUUAGGUAAAAAUCAGACACCACCUCUUGUUCCUGAUAUUAUUGUGCAUGAAUCUCCAUUAAUGCCAGAAAUUUCUAGUGAUGAAAAUAAGAGUGAUGAGGAUAGUGAAAAUGUCUUUUAUUCUCCAGAUUGUCAUAAAAGUUUUCGUUUUAUUUUCAAAGAAGCUGAUGAUGUAAGCAAUAAGAAAUGCAAUCAAAAUGAUACGUUUACUAAUGGAGCUAAAUGUCAUGAUAUUCAUGAUGAUCUAGCAGAUAUUCUGAAAAAUAGUGGUAGAACACAUCCAUUAACAAGCACACCAAUUAAAAGUUGGGAAUCAAAUAAUGUAGAUAAUAGUCUGAAAAGUAGUUCUUUUUCACCAGAAGAUUCUGAAAAUGGAUUUAGUGGGGAGAUUGCAAAAGAUUCUGAAAACAGUGUCAAAGAUGGUUCAGAAAUCUCUCUUAGUGAGAAAAAUGUUAUGCAAAGUUCUAUAAAUGGAAAUAUUAGUGUACAGGGUCAUAUCUUUGGACUAAAAAAUGAAGAUUUAACUGAUCAGAAUUUUUUCACUGCUGCACUGUCUUCAGUCUGUGACUAUAAUACUGACGGCAAUUUGAGGUUUUCUUGUUCAAAAAAAAAUAACAGUACAGAAGAAAAUUAUGUAGAACAAAUAGGAAAUUUUGCUUUGAAAUCAUGCGAAGAAGUCGAGAGGAAUGAACAUAAAGGUGAUAAUUUAAACCAUAUUCAGGUCACAUCAAGUCACAGAGAUACUGUAAUUAAAGAAUCUAGGGGUAUGAGUAAUGAAAAAUUUUCCUUAUCAAAUCAGAAUAUGGCUAUUUCAACAAAUGAUACAAGAAUGUUUCAUGAUAAUGUAUACAAAUCUGCUGAUUGUGAAAACCAUAAAUAUGUAGCUAAAUCUGAGAUAUUGCCGAUUCUUUCUUUUGAAAUGGAAAGUGGUAAUCUGGGGAGCUCAGAUUAUUUCUCUACUAGGAAUAAUUCAUUUUCUGAUGAGAACAAAUCAUUUGAAAAUGAUGAUAAUGCUAACUUGACUUCUGAAGCAUGUGGUGUAUAUCAGUAUGACUUAAAAACCUAUUCUUCUCUUGAAGCAGUUCCUGAUUCAGACAUGUCUAAAAAGUCAGAAUCUCAUAUGAAAGAAAAUUCAAAUGUAUUAUUAGCUAAGGUAUUAGAAACUAGCUUUCCUGAUACUACUUCUGAUUCUUUUAUUUAUGAAUCAGCCUCUGCAGAUGGGUCAGAUAAUUUGAGAAAUGAUAAGUUGAGUUCUGAUAUUAGUAUUUCAAGCUCCGCUGAUGAAGGGUCAUCAGGAGACCAUGAGCUGAGCGAAGAAAAACAGUCAGCUAAAACAAAGAACCAAAAUGUAAAUGAAUUAGAUUCACCUAUCCGUAUGUAUAAUGAAGUUAUAAUGGAAGAUUUAGAGACAGGAGAACAGACUGUAAUAACAGAAAGUUUUUCUGGCUGUGAUGAUUAUGAGAAUUCUGCUGAAAGUGAUGAAAUACUAAAAAUAAAUAUUGAAACAGACGAAGCCAUCAUAGUGGAUUCUUCUGAAGCACUUGUUGGUUUUGUUCCUAGCAGAUCAAUAGAAUUACUUCAAGAGUAUGAAGUCAUUCCAAACUUAAAUCAUUCAUUUCAUGUUGAUGAUGAAAAAGAAUCAUCUGAUUCUAAUUUGGAUGGCUAUAAUUCUGCAUCAUCAUCUCCAGCUGUUGGAAAAUAUCCUACCAGUCCAUCUGAUUCCCCUGAAUCGGCAUAUCCUUCUUUUCAACCUUAUCGAAACUUUUGUCUUCAGAAUGAAAUAAUUGAAGAAGAAUUAACAGAUGAAAUAGCCAGUCCAUCUUCCAUUCAUUCCAGUGCUUCUUUGAGUAGCAAUGAAAUAUUUAUCGAUGGGGAGGAAAGAAUGUCUCAGAGUUCAGAAUCAUGUCCUCAAGAAGAAAACUGUGAAACAUCUAUUAUGCCUGCAAUGGAUCAUUUAUAUACUGAUAGUGAUGAUGGAUCAAAGACUGAUAUCAGUAAUUCUUCAUGUUCAAACUAUGAAGUGAAAAGUCAGGAAGAUAAUGAUAAUUUUAAUAACUUUAAAAAUGGCAUAUUAUCGGAUGAUGAGGAUGUAAUGCAUUCAUUUCAACCUUCACAAUCAAUCAGGUGGCAUUCUGAUGAAACUUUAGAUAUUGAGCGAAAUAAUCAAAGUCCUGUUAUAAUUGAGGGAAAAGAAAUAUUGGCUGGGGAAAGUACAGAAACUUAUGGUGUUUCUAUGGAGAAUAUCACAAGUGUUUUAAAUCAUUUGAGCCAAGAGGAUCGACUGAAUGGCUUAACUCUUAACCAUUUGAAUAUCUCACAAUCACCAUCACCAUAUAGCAGUGUUGAGUCAUCACCUUGUAGAGAUACAGUAUACACACCAGAUUUUGAAAGUGAUAGCGAGGAAACUGCAAGUGGCACUUCGUGUAGUUCUACUUCAGGCUCUUUUGAAUGCAUUCACAAUAAAUUUAAGAAUGUUGUUGAUAUCUCUAAAGUUGCUGAUGAAAGUGAAACUUCUAAUAGUAGUAGAGAGCAGAGUCCCAUGAAAGUAUUUUCUAAAACAUGGGAUUGCCAUGCAACACCAACUAAAGGUGUUCUCGUGACACCUGAGAAAAAGUUUAAUUCAUUAAGGAAAAGUGUUUCUUUCCAUGAAGAAAGUCCGCAAGUAGUCUUUGAAUAUCCACCUGCAUCUGACAGUAGUGAAGAUGGCUAUCCAAUUGAAGAAGCAGCAGAAGAAUUUCUUUGGAAUAUAGAUUAUCAAAAAUAUGCCGAUUGGGAUUUACAUGUAGGUGAAAAUGAAGACAUGAAUGAAAUUGUUGAAAUUGAAGAAUUAGAAUCUGAACCCUAUGUACGACGACCCACUUAUACUAGUUCAUCUGUAGGACCCCUUAACCGUCCAUUGUUGUACAGUUUGACUUCUGGGUUUUCAGAUGAAGAAUUUGACCCAUUAGAAUAUUCUUCAUUUUCAGAGUUCAAAGCACCUUCUAAUUCUCCUGAAGAAGAAAAGUAUUCUCCUGUGUCUGAAGACCAGAUUAGUGAACUGAUAAGGAAUCAGCUGAACAACCUAGCACAAGAAGAAAACAGGUUGAAACUUAUGCAGAAUGUUCUUGAUAAGCAAUCUUAUGAAUAUUUGCCCAGUAAACUGGAAGUAAACUCAUCAGUGUCCGUCCAAAAAUAUGAUGAAACAGUUACUCCAAAAGAGGAAAAUGCAACUACUGUUGAAGAUGUAAUUAUUGAAGAGCUUUUGCCAGAUUCUGAGGUACAGCAUGAAAAUGUCACCGUCCAUGAAUGUGCUGCAUUUACUAUGUAUUCUGAAGAGAUGAGUGUUACAGAUAAGAGCAUACCUGGAAAUGGUAAUGAAGAAAUAAUAAUUGAAGAACUUGUUGAAAGUGAAAGAGUGGAAGAUGUUAGCUGUAGUACCAACUUAACAGAUCAGUUAGUUAUAAAAUGCAAUGAGAAACCAAAAUUAGAUUCUGAUAAGGAAAAGUACAUUUCCCUUUCAUAUUCUGUGCAUAAUGAUAUUGAUUCUCAAGCAGCAAGUGUGGAGAAACGUGAAUUGAAGAACAGUUUCGAUAAUUCUUUUAAUGACUUAAGUAAUUUGAAUGAAAAACCAGUUAGUGAUCUUUGUUUUGAUACUAUAAGAUCAUCAGAUGAUAAAAAAUUGGAAGAAAAGAUGUUUAUUCAAUAUGAAAAUUUAAAUGGGGUACUCAAUGAAGGACUUCAUAAUGAUGAAACUACAAUAACAAAGGAAAGUCCUGAUAAAAAUUUUGUAAAGGGGGAAGCAUAUGAAAAUUCAAUUAAAAAGCCUUUAGAUGACUUAACUCAUAAUUUUAAUGAAUUUUCACCAAAAAAUAGUGCAAGUACAUCCAAAGAUAGGUCUUUUGAACCUGAUGCAACAUGUAUUAACAAUACAAACAAAUAUGAAGAUAAAAUGAAUGCAUCAAAUGGCAUUGUAAGUGAAGGAUCCGUCCAUAAUAAACCAUUAAGUGGCAUAUUGAUUGAGGAACAAGAAAAAACUAAUGGGGAAUUGAAUUUAACUGCAAAUUGUAAAGAUGAAACAAAGGAUGAUUCUAAAAAUCAUUCAAAUUAUGAAGAAGCCUUAUCAUCUUUUGAAUUACCUCAAAUACACCAUAAAGCUGAUGUAAAAGAACAAACUGAAAGUCUUAUUAUAACUGAUGAUGGCAAAACAAUCAAAGAUAUUCAAAGUUCAGAAUGUUCUCAUAGUCAUGAAAAUAACAUAGAAUUACUGUCUACAAAGAAAAUAAUUGAUGAUUUUUAUUCUGACAGAGUUCAUACUAAUAAUGCAUCUGAUUUACAAAAAGAAAGCCAGAUUAAUACUGCCACAGUUCUAAACAUGGAAACUGAAUCUACACGUGAAAGAGUAUUUGAGAAUAGGAAAGAAUUAGAUGUGGAAUCUAAUUUCUCUGAAACCAAAGGUGGUAGUGAUAUUUCUUCAUAUUUAAAUAAUGAAUGUACACUUAAUCAGUACCACAACAGCUUUAAAAUGUCUAAUGAAAUAGUGAAUGAUUGUGUUUCAAUUAAUGAGGUGCUUGUAAAUAAUAGCCUUGCUGAUAAUAAAUCAGGCAACAGUCAAAGUAAUUCUACUGAAAAUAUGGUAGAUGCUAUUGCCCAGAGUUGCAAUGAAGGCUCUGAAAGAGGUGCUGGGGAACAUUUCUUUGUUAUAGAGGAAAAUGAAGACACUAUAAAUCAGAAUUUUCCUUUAGUUCCUAAGCGAACAACAGAUGAUAAGGAUAUUGUAGUGACAGCACAUUCGGCAGCUGUUGUACCAAGAAUUAUUAUAACUCCAGCUAGUGAAAGUGAAGAUGAAUUGGAUGAUUUUCUGAACGGACAGUUUUUUAAUGCAUCACCAGCUGAAGAUUUCUCUGUCACUUCAGAAUAUACAGUGCGUCCCUUUGAAGAUGUCUUUGGGUCUUACAGUAUUCCUGGGAAAUCUUCUGGCUACAUCGAGGCAUAUAAUUUUGAGUUUGAUAAUGGAGACUUUUUUGAUGAGUUUUUAGAUGAUUAUCCUGAUAGUUUGUAUACAAGAAGUGAGGAAUUAUCCUCUGAAUGUAAAGAAAGAAGGCAAAGGUCUCCUAGCUUGCCUUCAAUGAUUGAAAAACUCUCUGAUGAUGAAAUAAAUUCUGAAUCAGAUUCUAGUCCUUUAUAUUAUGACUCAAAAAAUAUCACUCAUCUGUAAUGAUAGUGCAGAUUUCUAAUAUAGUUAUGUUAUUUAUUGAUAUUUGUAAAAAAAAGAGAAAAGUAUUGUACUGAUACACUGUUACUGAAAUUCUUGCUCAUUUCCUUGUUUGAAAAUCACUAUGGACAAAUGUGGUUUUUUAACUCAUGAAGAGUUUUAUGAGAGUGUGGAAAUGGAUGAAAGGGUUUAUUGAAUAAAUGAGGGACUGCUGUAUAUAUUUCCAGUUAAUUUGGAAAAGUCAAAGAUAUAACUAAUUCAUGUUGUUAAUGCAUUUUAGGAAGAAAAUUUUAUUUUAAAGUGAGUGCUUAUACAUCACAAAAUUUAUCAUUAACCUUGGAAAUUAUAUAUUUCAGAGUUUUAAUUAGUAGUAUGUUUGUGUUGAGGAAUAAAAUAUAUAUAUAAUUGCUUCAUUUCUUGCUUGUAUAUUUAAAAAAGAAAAAUUGUUUAAAGCUUGUUUUAUUCUUCUGUGUUUAAAUUUUAAUAAUAUAUCCCUUCCCCUCCUAUUGUGCUACUGUUUUAAUUUUAACCAUUUAUAUUUUUUAUUAUAAGGCUAUUUUAAUGCAGUGGUUUUAUUUGCCAAAUUUGCAAAACAAAAAGUUGUCCCAGAAAAUCCUAAUUGUUGGUUUAGAUUUUAUUUCGUAAUAGCUAAUUGAAGUGAGCCAGAUAAUUUUUGCAGAUGUUUUAUUAUUUAUAAAACAAAAUUGGAUUAAAACAGCUGUUAUAUUUUAAUUACAUGUAUGUAUUUUUUUACAUGUAAAUAAUAAAUAUUAACAAAGUUCUGUAAAUCGUAAAGAUUUUACAUAAGAGGUGUGAAUUCUACUUUUUAAAAUGUUAUUGCCAAAUUUGGAAAAGUAACCUGUUGCAGUUUCAGAAUUUAGCUUCAUUCAGUUCUUGAAUACUGGAUUUAACUAAUAGUAAUCCUAUAGUUCAUUGUUUUUAUUCAUCAAAUUAAAUCAUUCAUAUAAUCUAUAAUUCUGUCAUAGAUAUAAAUUAUAUUAGAUCUUUGUAAUUACUAUGCAUCUGUUAAUAGUUACUUCAAAAAUGUUAUAGAAAGGAAUUUGAAAAAGUGAUUGUUACAAACAUAUUGCUUUUGUAAUUAGCAGUCUCUGAUUCUCUGAUUAUUAAACAUAUUUUAAGGACUUUGUACAACAUUUAGAGUACUAUUUUACAGAUUCAUUUUACUUGGUAUAAAGUAAGAAAAGAAAAGAAAAAGUAUUUUAAAAUGAGUAGAUUAAGUAAAAAGUAUUUAAUUCUCUGAAAUUAAAGUAAAAGAAAAGUAAAAAGUAUUUUAAAAGUCUGAAAUAAAAGAAAAGUAAAAAGUAUUUUAAAAUGAGUAGAUUAAGUAAAAAGUAUUUAAUUCUCUGAAAUGAUUGAGACUCAGCUUCAAAGUAAAUUAAAUUUGCAUUGUAAGAAUAAAUUCUUUUUUUAAUAUGGUGUAUAACAUUAUUUCAGUAUAUCUGUAAUAUUCUAAAAUCGUAUAUUACAUUAUGACUACAUAUAGACAUAAUUACAUUUUAAUAGCUUGACAUAUAUUUCAUGCCCCUUCGCUUUUUAAUGUAAAAAGCUUAAAAUAAUAAGUAAGGAGUAUUAAAAAAUAUUUUAUAUAUGAUAUAGCACUCCUUUAAUUUGGUGAAGUUUCUGUAAUCCUGUAAAAAUAAAAUUUUUGUAUAAAUUGUAAUUAUUUGUUUUUUAGUCUUUUAAUAUAUUUAUUUUGAUAGUAGCAUGAUUUUAGUAGUGGUUGUAUUUUUUGGCAAAAAAUAUAUCAAUUGUGCCAUAAUGUAACUUUUGAGUCAAUUUUAUUAAUUAAAAAAAAAAAAUAUUGUACUCCCCCCCCCCUCUUUUUUUUUUUUUUUUUUUUUUUUUUUUGUUGUUGUUGUUGUUAGUGUAGCCUUGAUGAAACUUGUGUGUAAUGCAAUUAUAGAAGGGAAUUUUCCAUAUAAUGUUUACUAUUUAGUCAUGUUAAGCCUAAUAAUACCUAGUACAGGAUCCCCAUAAAAAGAAUAUGUUUAGAAAUAGGGGAAAAUAAAUUACUAAUCAAAAUUUUGUACUUUUUUAAUAAUAAUGCUGUUACAUAGGUGCUGUAAAUUAGCUUAAAUUUUACCAUUAUUUAUUGUUAAAUGUUGAGGUAAAAAAAAUCAUAGUUGAUAUGUAUGGUUUAUAACUUUUUGAAAAGAAACUUUAUUUUGAAAUUCUUUCUGGAUGCUGCAGAGUUAAUUAUAUAUAUGUAGAGGGAUCCUUUAAUGUGCAAUAUUUGCCAAGGUUAAUUGGCUUCAAUCUUUAAUUUUUCAUUAUGAAUAUUAGAUAUAUAUAUUUUAGUAAAAAUAUGGAAAGAUUUCAUGAAGUAUUAUGCUCAGUAUUUUUUUUUUUUUUAAUGUAUAGUGUAAUUUUUAUUGUUCAGUAAAAUAUAGAGUAACUUAUAAUUUUAUGAAAUCAGAAUACAGUUAUUUCAUUUUAUAAAUAAUGAUUGUAUGUAGCAGGUAAGCCUGGCCUAUUACAUGGGAGAAAUUAAGAAUUUUAAUCAUUAAAAACAAAAUUUUAUUUACUGCUAUGCAUUAAUUGUUGUUCUACUUGUUAUCUUAAACUUAAAUGUAUCAUUAAGUUCAGAGCUGCCUUAGGUACGAUUAUGGCUAUUGGGACAAUCAACAUGAAAUUUUAUUUUUGUGCUUUUCCUUGUUAAAAAAAAAAAAAAUAAGAGUGCCUCAUGUAAAUACAAACUAUGAAAUUUUUUAAUUUUUAAAAUGCAUUUCUAAUCUGAAAUUCGUAUAAGUAAUUACAGAUAAAAAAUGGCCUUUAUUUGCAUAAUCUUUUUAAUUUUCUUUCAUAUAGUUUAUGAAACUUAAUGAACAUACUUAUCCUGAAUAUAUGUAUAAAAAAUUUGAAGGGUUUUUUACAAAUUUCUAUCAUUAUUUUGCUCAUUUUAUGAAACCAUUUCUGAAUAUUUUGUGCUAAAUGGACUGGUUUGCUGGAUAAUCUUUUGCUUUGAAGGAAUGUUUUUGAUGUCUCAUUAUUUUUAUGUGGGGAAAAAAAAUAUGGUAAUAUAGUGCCAUUUAAAUGUAUGUAUGUCAUGUCAGAUUAUAUCUGUACUUUAAUAGGUAUAUGACCAGUGGCUAAAAUUAAACACAUUUACUGUUCAUAAAUAAUUUAUUAUUAGCAUUAAGUUAUUAACAUGUUUGAGAAUAUAAAUGCAUUUUAUUUCUCGAUAUAUUUAUCAACAAGCAGUUGCAUACUGCUUUGUAAGUUGCAUUUUUUAUCUCACAUUCAGCAUAUGAAAUUAUCAGAAUGUUAAAUGUUGGUUUCAUGUUAAAAAGACAUCGGAAAACUAGAAAUUUUUCAUUCAAAAGUGUAAGUACUUAGUACUGUUUUUCACAAUGUACAGUUUUUGUAAAUUUUCCUGUUUUAUAAUUUUUACCACAUAAAAGAAGUAUAAACUGUAUUAUUUUUUAGCACAAAUUUUUUAACAUGUGCUUAAACUUAUUUAUUGUGAAAUCAUUCAUAAGGAAUUUACAGCUUUAAAGAAGUAAUUUAAUGCCCCUUGACUUUCGGCUUGAAAACAUCUAUUUUCUACUACAAAUCAUUUUCUAAGUCACUGACUAAUGUAAGGAAUUUAUUUUAUCUUUAUUUCUCCAAAUUCAAGUGACAGGAAGCAUUUUGUGCCUGUGGUCUUUUUACAAAGGGGAAGUAGAUUUGUUUUGGCUAUCUCUUUUUAAAAAGAAACAAACUCAUUUGCAUAUUGUUAUAAAAAAUUCAAAUUUUUCUUGACACAAAAUGCGUGUCAUAGGUGGGAGCUUCCUCUAAACAAAGCUCCCUUUGAAAAUUAAUUAUAGUCUUUCUUUAUGCUCAUAUUUUGAAGGUUUUUAGGUGGCAAAGACUUCCUGGAUAAGUUCAGUAUUGUAUUCCUAAUUAUUUAUUGGGAAUUUUAUGAAGAAUUUUAUCUUCAUAAAAUUCAGUGGAUUUUGAUGUCUAAGUCUGUAUUUUCAAAGAGGAAAAACAAAAGUUACUGAGCAUUUAGGGUACUCAAUUUUAACUUGUGAUUUUAAAAAAAAUAUCUUAAAAGUUAUAUAAUUUGGAAUUUAAAAAUAAGAAGUGUAUUUCUAUGCUUUUUAUUCUUUCCUUCUAUUUGGAAAGUUAUACUUCUCAACAGAUAAAUAUGUUUCUGAUUCAAACUGUACGAAGUAAUGUGUAAAUGGCUCCAUUAUUAUAUUCCUAAUUAUUUAUUGGGAAAUAUAUUUGAAUAGUAAUUUUACAAAUUAGUUUGUAGUUAAAUCUCAGUAGUUUAUUUGUACAUAAGUUCAAUUAUUCUUUAUUGUUCGUUUUCUUACGAACUUAUUUCAUGAAACAUUUUAUUUGAGAUUUUCUCCACCUAUUAGUUUUUUUUAAUACAUAGCAAUGUCAUUAGCUUCUCAAGCUAACUUAUUAUUAUUAUUUAUUUUUGCAGUUUUUAAUUUUCUACAAUUUUAAUUUUGUGUUGGAACAAUCCUAAGCCAGUUUGAUUGUCACUGACACCAGAAACAUGCAGAUUUCAUGUUUUAGUAAUUUCCUUCAUCAUGAUUAUUUUGGAUUUUACUUGACAUGUCAUUUCAUAAAGCAAAAUUGCAAUAAAAGUCAUCUUGAGAUAAUUGUACUGUGGCUUUUGUUAGUAACUAUACUAGCAUUAAUAAAAUCUCUGACACUAUUAUAUCUCCAAAAAUAGUACUGUGAUUUGCUGCUAAAAGCAAAACAUGUAUUUGAAUGAUUAACUUAAAUUGAAUCAUGAGUAACUAAAAAUUCCAACACCUCUACAUAUAAGACUUUGAUUCUUUUUGAUCCUUUGUACUAAUGCUUGUGCAUUCUUAUUUUUCAGAAAUGAACAUUUAUAAAAUAAUUUUAUUUCUAGUAACAUCUUUUUUUGUACAACUACCUGCUGUUGUUUAAAGAAUGAUCUAAAUAUUUGAAAACGAUAUAUAAUCUGAUGAGAGUUAGUUUUUUUUUUUAAAUUAUAUAUAUGUGUGUGUAAGAUAAAAAAAUAGGUAAAUCUCAAUAAAACAUAUACAGAUUUCAAAAUUAUAAUUUAAACUAGCAAUGAAUCCUUAAUUACUCCUCUCUGUUCUAAAAUAAGUAAUAAUUUUUCCAGACUGCUUCAUUUCUAGAUCAGUCUAUGUCAUAUGCCUUGCAUAAUGCUGAUGAUGUAGCUAACUUGGAACCUGAAUUCAAAUUUCGAGAACUGAAACUUUUCUUCUAAUAAGCAACCUAAACCCAAACCUUUUCUUGGUGAACCUUCAUUUUGGAUAAUUGUGCACCAUUUUCUAGCUGCCUUCCCAUUAAGACACUUUGGUCACUUAGCCUCUGCUAGCUAUUGUCCAUUGUUCAAAAAUAUAAUCUGUAUAAAAUUGUGGGUUACAUAACGCAUCCACAAUGAUGAUAUGCAAGGAAACAGUACAUGUGUCCUAAGAACUAAUUUUCUAGGAAAAAAUUUGUGUGGAUAUGGCUAUGUUUGCAGCUUUCUUCAAGUCAUGACAAUAGCUGGCAGAGGUAAGCAACCGAAGUAGUGUCUUAAUGGGAAAAAAGCAAAAGUGUGCAGUUAUUAAAUAUGACAGUCUAUUAAGAGAAAGGUUUCUUUAUUCGAAAUUUUAAGAGUUCAAGUUCCGAAUUAGUUACAUCAGAGUUUCAGUUUAGCUUUUGCAUUACUAGUUACAUUAUCGGUGUUAUUAAGUCAUACGUAUGCUUUAAUCUAGAAAUUAUGCAAUCGAGAUAAAUUUUGAUGCAUUGCAGGUGCUAGGAAGGGGGGCAUAUAAAAAUCUAAAGAAGAAAUUUAAUCUAUUGCUAAUUUAGUAAUUUAAUUAGAGAUUUAUUUUUGUAUUUUAUAUUUUACAUAUCUAUGUCAUGUUCUGUUUGAAGAAAGCAAGCAAAAUUAUGAAAAUGUGUUCCCCUUAACAAUUUUUUAAUAUUUAGAAAAUCAUAAAUAUUAUAUGGGAUAGCACAAUCAAAUUAGUAUAAGUGUAAACACACAUGAAAGUAGGAAUUUUUUUGCAAUUAGACAUGAAAGCAGAAUGGAGACAUUCUUUUCUCAGCAAAGAUUAUGCUAAGCAGUAUGCAGAUUUCACAAUGAUUUUCUUUUCUUUCACCUUCAUUUUGCUAUAUAAGCUACAGCAGAAAUGCAAAUCUUCUGAGCUCUACCUAUGAAAAAAAACAUCCUAGCAUAACUCUGGUGCCGUGUCACAUAUAAAAUCAUCAGUCUGCUAAGAAUGCAUUAGAGCACACCUGAGGUAAGUCCAGCACAUGUUGACAAUGAAGAAGCUGUUUCAGGAGACAAAUAUUUUUGCAUUAUGCAGUUUUUUGUCUCCAUCAAUGGCUGUGGAAAUGCAUGAUGCAUGUCACCCAAAUUCGCUUGUCAUAUAUUCACCAUCAGUGAGCUUAUAGUGUCUGAAUCUUCUCUAUGGAUGCUGAAGACUGACUAAUUGCACUAAUUGGUUUUCAUAGUUUUUAAAAUGAAAAUAUGUUUAAGAUUGUUUAAAGGUAAAAAGGAAUUGCAGUGUUAUCUUUUCUUUUUUACAUACACACAUACAUAAAAAAACUAAAAGUAUUAGCCAAAAAAUUUGUAUAUGGUCGACUUAUGGUACCUAUUAUCAGCACAGCUUUUCUGUGAGUUUUAUAGCUACAGUAGAUGACUCAGAAUAUGUUCCACUCCAAUACAUGUACCAAAUUUCUUUGAAUCUAGGUGUCUUUUUUUUCUUCUAUAUGAAUUUUGCUAAAAGCAGAGUACAUCUUCGAAUCUAUGGUUUUUAGAAUUUUAUAUUUUACCAAAUCAUUAGUUAUUGACGAAUAAUUAAUUCUUACAGAAUACUGAUUUAAAUAAGUAUAUUGUUAUUAAUAAUUCAGUCAAUUAUUAAAAAUACUUUAUAUAUGUAUUUAAAUAUUCCAUUUUAUCUAUUUUAUUUGCUAAGAUUCAAAGUAUUUUUUACUGUUGUGUGACUGAAUUGAUUGAAUACUGAAAUUAAGGUUAUAAAAUCAGUGGUGUCUUACAAUGGAAAAAAUGUGCUGCAUGAACUUUUUUGCUCAUAUAUAUUAUUCCUAAAUAUAGUGUUAUAAUAUGUGAAUCUAUUUUAUUUAUACAGAGGAAUAAGUAAAAAUUAAUAAAACUCUCAAUUGUACUUAAUAGAAUAAAAUAUUACAAAGUAUACUCAGGUUGUACCUCAACAUUUAAUGUAGAAACCGUCCCCUUUGGUAAUUAGAUAAUUUCUUAGCUAUUUCGUUUAAGUGAACUUUUUUCUUUUUUUUCUGCAAAUAAAAUCUCUCAAAAAUCUUUCUAUCGAAUUUUAGAAUCUGUAUGGGGUGCUGCAAGUGGUCUUUGUAUUUCAUUUGAAUGUACAUUUGUAAAUUUGAUAAAAAAAAAAAAAAAAAAAAAAAAAAAAAAAAAAUAAAA